UAUCUUUCAGAUGGCUCUAAAAUAAUUCCUAAAGUCACAGAAAUAAUACCUAAAUAUGGCAGCAUAAAUGGAGCAACAAGACUGACUAUCAAAGGAGAAGGUUUUGCUCAAGCAAACCAGUUUAACUAUGGAGUUGAUGAUGCUGAGUUGGGGAACACUGUACAAUUAGUUUCUUCUUUUCGAUCCAUUUCUUGUGAUGUAGAAAAAGAUGCAAGUCAUUCAACUCACAUUACAUGCUAUACUAGAGCAAUGCCAGAAGAUUCCUACACUGUUCGAGUCAGUGUGGAUGGGGUUCCUGUUACAGAAAAUAAUACCUGCAGAGGUCUCAUCCACAGCCGAGCUUGCAGCUUCUACGCAAAAAGUUUCAGAACUCCAACAAUAAGGAGCAUCACACCUUUAUCUGGGACUCCAGGCACACUAAUAACAAUCCAAGGCAGAAUCUCCACUGAUGUCUAUGGAAGUAAUACUGCACUAAGCUCAAAUGGGAAAAAUGUUAGGAUUUUGAGAGUGUAUAUUGGAGGAAUGCCCUGUGAGCUUCUUAUACCACAGUCUGAUGAUUUGUAUGGUUUAAAACUAGAUCAUCCAAGUGGAGACAUGGGUUCUAUGAUUUGUAAGACGACUGGAACUUACAUUGGUCAUCACAAUGUCAGUUUCAUCUUGGAUAGUGAUUACGGAAGGAGUUUCCCAGAAAAAAUGGCAUAUUUUGUUUCCUCUCUGAAUAAAAUUUCAAUGUUUCAAACAUAUGCAGAGAUCACUAUGAUUUCACCUUCACAAGGAAGCAUUCAAGGUGGCACCACGCUAACAAUAAGCGGACGGUUCUUUGAUCAAACAGAUUUCCCCGUCAGAGUUCUAGUUGGAGGUCAAGCCUGUGAUGUUUUGAAUGUCACAGAAAAUAUUAUAUGUUGCAAGACAUCCCCUAAGCCUGAUAUUCUCAGAACUGUACAUCCAGGUGGGAGAGGUCUUAAGCUUGAGGUAUGGAAUAAUAGUCGGCCAGUGCAUCUUGAAGAGAUACUUGAAUACAAUGAAAAGACGCCAGGCUACAUGGGUGCCAGUUGGGUAGAUUCAGCUUCCUAUAUUUGGCCCAUGGAGCAGGACACAUUUGUAGCACGCUUCAGUGGAUUUUUGGUGGCUCCGGAUUCUGAUGUUUAUAGAUUCUACAUCAAAGGUGAUGACCGUUACGCAAUUUAUUUCAGCCAGACUGGGCUUCCAGAAGAUAAGAUAAGGAUUGCAUAUCAUUCUUCCAAUGCCAACAGCUAUUUUUCCAGUCCAACACAAAGAUCCAAUGACAUUCAUCUUCAGAAAGGAAAAGAAUAUUACAUUGAAAUCUUGCUACAGGAGUAUAGACUGAGUGCUUUUGUUGAUGUUGGACUGUACCAGUAUGGAAAUGUCUACACUGAACAACAAACAGAAGAUGCAGUCAACGAAGAACAAGUUAUUCAAUCCCAGUCAGCAAUUGUCCAGGAAGUGCAGGUUAUAACAUUGGAAAACUGGGAAACAACUAAUGCCAUCGAGGAAGUUCAGAGGAUCACGGUAAUCAGCCCAUGUAUAGAAGUCAGUUCCUGCUCCCUUUACCAAUAUAGAUUAAUUUACAACAUGGAAAAAACAGCCUUUCUACCUGCUGAUGCUUCUGACUUCUUACUGCAAUCAGCCCUAAAUGACCUCUGGUCUUUAAAACCGGAUACAGUUCAAGUAACAAGAACACAAAAUCCCCAAAGUUAUGUUUACACGGUAACCUUUAUAUCAACUAGAGGAGACUUUGAUCUGCUUGGUUAUGAAGUAUUUGAAGGAUAUAAUGUCACAGUGGAUAUUAUAGAACAAACCAAAGGAAAACCCAGUUUGGACACAUUCACACUGAAUUGGGAUGGAGUCACUUCUAAGCCUCUUACCCCAUGGUCAGCAGAAGCUGAGUUUCAGGCAGCAGUGGAAGAGAUGGUUAGCGCUAAGUGUCCACCGCAAAUUGCAGAUUUUGAAGAAGGAUUUGUUGUGAAAUACUUCAGAGAUUAUGAAACUGAUUUUAACAUGGAUCACAUUAAUAGAGGGCAGAAGACAGCUGAAACUGAUGCUUACUGUGGUCGUUAUUCCCUGAAAAACCCAGCUGUUCUUUUCGACUCAGCAGAUGUUAAACCAAACAGACUACCAUAUGGAGACAUUUCAUUAUUUCCUUAUAAUCAGUUAUGUUUAGCAUACAAAGGAUUCCUGGCAAAUUAUAUUGGUCUAAAAUUUCAAUACCAAGACAAAAGCAAGAUUACUAGAAGCAUUGAUGUACAAUUUACAUAUAGUUUUGCUUAUGGAAACAACUGGACAUACACUUGCAUAGACCUUCUGGACCUUAUACAAACCAAAUACACUGGGACUAAUUUUUCUCUUCAGAGGAUUAGUGUGCAGAAAGCAUCAGAAUCACAGUCCUUUUAUGUGGAUAUAGUAUACAUUGGACAGACACCUACAAUUUCAAUAUGGGAUGAAAUGCCAAAGAGAAGACUACCAGCAUUAGCAAACAAAGGGAUAUUUCUAAAGCACUUUCAGGUGAAUCAGACCAAAAGUAAUGGGUCAAGUAUGACAAGCCAAUAUUCUGUCACCAUGACUUCAUAUAACUGCAGUUACAAUAUACCCAUGAUGGCUGUCAGUUUUGGGCAGGUAAUCACCAACGAGACAGAGAAUGAGUCUGUUUACAGAGGAAACAAUUGGCCAGGGGAGUCAAGGAUCCGUAUUCAAAGAAUUCAAGCAGCGUCUGCACCUCUCAGUGGCAGCUUUGACAUUCAAGCUUAUGGACAUGUUCUCAAAGUUAUAAUUGAUGUUAAUGAUUCCAACAUUAUUGGAGAAAUGGCUAAUGUGACAGUUACGAAGGUAAAGGAAGGUGGCUUAUUCAGACAACGCAUACUUGGAGACCUACUUCGUACACCCAGCCAACAGCCACAGGUUGAAGUCUAUGUUAAUGGAAUUCCUGCUAAAUGUUCAGGUGACUGUGGGUUUACAUGGGAUCCCAUGACUACUCCCAUAAUCCGGACCAUAAGCCCUUCCAAAGGGUCCUCUGAAGAAGGAACAAUUCUAACCAUAUCAGGUUCUGGAUUCUCUCCUAGUUCAGCUGUUUCUGUCUCAGUUGGACCAAUAGGUUGCUCCCUUCUUUCUGUGAAUGAAAAUGUGAUCAAGUGCCAGAUCCUGAAUGGAAGUGCUGGACACUUCCCAGUUGCUGUGUCCAUAGCUGACGUUGGACUAGCACGGCACGUAGAGGACGAGGAAUUCCACUUCAUGUAUCAGAGUCAGAUCGCACACAUCUGGCCUGUUUCUGGAAGCUUAGCAGGUGGUAAUCUUCUGACUCUAUCUGGAACUGGCUUUAAUGAAAAUUCAAAGGUAUUAGUUGGAAACGAAACCUGCAAUGUGAUUGAUGGGGAUUUGAAUAAGAUAACCUGCAGAACCCCAAAAAAUUGAGAGGGUACAGUUGAUAUUUCAGUUAUUACCAAUGGAUUUCAAGCCACAGCAAAGGAUGCUUAUAGUUACAAUUGUUUACAGACUCCAGUUAUAACUGAUUUUAGUCCCAGAGUACGGACAAUACUAGGAGAAAGAAAUUUAACAAUUAAGGGUUAUAACUUUGGAACUGACCUCAAACAAAGCGUGGAGGUGUAUGUGGGAGGAAAACCCUGCCAGAUUCUUCACUGGAACUUCACCGAAAUCAGAUGCCUUUUGCCCACGUUGUCUCCUGGGAAACAUGAUAUCCAUGUAGAAGUCAGAAACUGGGGGUUUGCUUCCACAAGAGACAAGUUAAAUGCUUCUAUACAGUAUAUUUUGGAAGUGAACAAUGUGUUUCCACAGAGAGGUUCCUUAUAUGGGGGAACUGAAAUCACUAUAAUGGGCUUGGGGUUCAGCACAAUACCCACUGAGAACACCGUGCUCUUAGUACAUGGGUUAGGUUAUGCCUGGUCACCAUCAGUCUUAAAUGUAUCUGUGGGAGACACUGUGACAUGGCAUUGGCAAGCACGUCCAUUUCUUACGGGAAUAGGAUAUAGAGUUUUCUCUGUCUCCAGUCCUGGAAGUGUAACUUAUGAUGGCAAAGGAUUUAUGAAUGGAAGAGAAAAAUCCGUAUCAGGUUCAUUUUCUUACCAAUUUACUUCACCUGGAAUCCAUUAUUAUAGCAGUGGGUAUGUUGAUGAGGCCCACUCCAUUGUUCUCCAAGGAGUCAUUAACGUUCUACCAGCUGAAAGCAGGCACAUUCCCCUGCACCUGUCUGUGGGCAGCACCGAAGCCACAUACGCUCAGGGAGAACCUGUGAAUUUGCACGUGGGAAGCUCUGUGACAGGCUGCCUAGCAACAGAACCCCUGUGUGGCCUGAACAAUACCGGGGUUAAAAAUUCAGAUAAAUUGCUCUUUGAGCUUUCAAGUUGUUUUUCACCAUCUAUCAGCAACAUUAGUCCAUCUACCGGAACAGUAAAUGAACUGGUAACGAUUACUGGACAUGGCUUCAGUAAUCUGACAUGUGCUAAUAAGGUUACAAUUGGUAGCUAUCCCUGUGUUGUAGAAGAAAGUACUGCCAAUUCCAUUGUAUGUCAUAUUGACCCUCAAAACUCAAUGGAUGUUGGCAUCAGGGAAAUUGUCACUCUAACUGUCUACAACCUGGGCAUUGCUAUCAACACCCUGCCCAAUGAAUUCGAUAGGCGAUUUGUACUUUUGCCAAACAUCGAUAUGGUGUUGCCAAAUGCAGGAUCAACUACAGGAAUGACAAAAGUGACCAUAAAAGGCUCUGGAUUCUCAGUUUCUUCUGCAGCUGUCGAGGUCCGUAUGGGCCGUUUUCCAUGUGAAGUUCUAUCAGUGAAUUAUACAACCAUUGAAUGUGAAACAUCUCCUGCUCCCCACCAGCUUGUGACAAUACAGCUUCUAAUCCAUGGAGUGCCUGCCCAGUGUCAGGGGAACUGCAGCUUUUCCUACUCAGAAAGCAUCGCUGCUUUUAUCACAAGCAUCUCCCCAAAUUCUAUCACGGGAUCUGUAAAAGCCCUUAUUGAAGGAGAAGGUUUGGGCACUAUCUUAGAGGACAUUGCUGUUUUCAUUGGUAACCAACAGUUCAGAGCUGUAGAUGUCACUGAUAAUAACAUCACUGUUCUUGUGACUCCUCUCCCGGCUGGACUUCAUCCUGUUAGUGUUGUGGUGGGAAGUAAGGGCCUGGCCCUGGGAAACCUGAGUGUUAGCAGCCCCGCAGUGGCAUCUGUCAGGCCGGCUUCUGGAAGCAUUGGUGGUGGAACGACUUUGGUGAUCACAGGAAAUGGCUUCUAUCCAGGCAAAACCACUGUCACUGUUGGGGAUGAAUCUUGUCAGAUUAUUUCUGUCAACACCAGUGAAGUCUACUGCCGCACCCCAGCAGGAGCAGCUGGACGGGUCAAUGUGAAGAUCUUUGUUAACGCAGUCGCUUACCCACCACUGUCGUUUACGUAUGCCUGGGAGGAUACGCCACUCCUCAGAGAGAUUGUUCCAAGCACAGGUCCACCAGGAACCAAAAUUGAGAUCACUGGAUCAAAUUUUGGUAUUGAUAUCUUGGAAAUUUCGGUGGUUAUAAAUAAUAUUCAGUGUAAUGUAACCAUGGUCAAUGACAGUGUAUUGCAAUGCAUCGUUGGAGAUCACGCUGGUGGCACGUUUCCUGUUAUGAUGCAUCAUGAGACAAAAGGCUCUGCUGUGUCCACACUUGUAUUUGAGUACCCACUUACCAUUCACAAUAUUCAGCCAACCCAAGGGAGCUUCGGUGGUGGUCAGACCAUGACUGUGACAGGCACCGGGUUUAAUCCACAAAAUUCCGAAAUAUUAGUGUGUGGCUCAGAAUGUGCAGUCGAUAGGCUUAAAUCUGAUUACACAACAUUGUUAUGUGAAAUUCCACCUUAUAAUGGCAGGGGACCUGAGCAAGCCUGUGAAGUGAGUGUGGUCAAUGGGAAGGAUUUGUCACGGUCCACAGCUCCUUUCACGUACACCAUGUCACUGACUCCGCUCAUCACCAAAAUAACUCCCGAGAGAGGCAGUACAGCAGGGGGCACCAGACUUACAGUCAUGGGAUCAGGCUUCAGUGAAAAUACACAGGAUGUUCACGUCACCAUAGCUGAAACCAAAUGUGAUGUUGAGUAUUCCAAUGAGACAUGUAUCAUCUGCAUGACAAAUGCCCACACUCCUUCAGGGUGGGCUCCCGUGCGCGUCACCGUGGGAAGCAUGGGGAUGGCCAAACGGGAGAAGGCUGACUUCCUGUAUGUCGAUGCUUGGUCCUCCAACUGCACGUGGGGAGGGGAGCCUCCUCCGGAGGAAGGGUCGCUGGUCGUCAUUCCGAAAGGACAGACAGUUUUGCUGGAUCAAAACACCCCUGUUCUGAAAAUGUUGCUUAUUCAGGGUGGAACUCUAAUAUUUGAUGAAGCUGACAUUGAACUCCAGGCAGAUUGUUUAAACUUGUGAAAUGCCUUGCAGAUUGGGACGGAAGCAUCCCCCUUUCAACACAAGGCGGUCAUCACCUUGCACGGGCACCUGCGGUCUCCUGAGCUCCCCGUGUAUGGGGCUAAGACACUGGCGGUGCGCGAGGGAGUCCUGGAUCUGCAUGGUCUUCCUGUCCCUGUGGUCUGGACCCGUUUGGCUCAUACUGCACAGGCAGGGGAAAGGACUCUGAUUUUACAAGAAGCAGUAACAUGGAAACCAGGAGAUAAGAUUGUGGUUGCAAGCACAGGACACAGACACAGUCAAAGAGAGAAUGAAGAAAGGACCAUCGAAUUUGUGUCUGCUGAUGGCAUAAGCAUAACGCUGACUCACCCGCUGAAUUACACACACUUAGGAAUCACUGUCCCCCUUCCUGAUGGAACUCUGUUUGAAGCAAGGGCAGAAGUUGGAAUUCUUACAAGAAAUAUUUUAAUAAGAGGAUCUGAUAAUGUGGAGUGGCAUCACAAAAUUCCAGCAUGUCCUGAUGGAUUUGACACAGGUGAAUUUGCUACACAGACAUGUCUCCAAGGAAAGUUUGGAGAAGAAAUAGGAAGUGAUCAAUUUGGAGGCUGCAUUAUGUUUCAUGCUCCUGUACCUGGUGCUAACAUGGUAACUGGAAGAAUAGAAUAUGUAGAGGUGUUCCAUGCUGGCCAGGCUUUUCGGCUGGGGAGGUACCCAAUACAUUGGCACCUGCUGGGAGAUUUACAGUUUAAAUCUUAUGUCAGAGGCUGUGCAAUUCACCAGACAUACAACAGAGCUGUUACUAUCCAUAACACUCAUCACCUUCUGGUUGAGAGGAAUAUCAUAUAUGAUAUCAAAGGAGGAGCAUUUUUUAUAGAAGACGGUAUUGAACACGGCAAUAUCCUGCAGUAUAACUUGGCAGUAUUUGUACAGCAAAGUACUAGUCUUCUGAAUGAUGAUGUGACCCCAGCUGCAUUUUGGGUAACCAACCCAAACAACACCAUUCGGCACAAUGCAGCUGCUGGGGGCACUCACUUUGGCUUCUGGUACCGAAUGAAUGACCACCCUGAUGGGCCAUCCUAUGACCGAAACGUCUGCCAAAAAAGAAUUCCCCUUGGCGAAUUCUUUAACAACACUGUUCAUUCUCAAGGUUGGUUUGGAAUAUGGAUAUUUGAAGAAUAUUUCCCCAUGCAAACAGGAUCUUGUACUUCUACAGUGCCAGUGCCUGCAAUAUUUAAUUCACUUACUACUUGGAAUUGUCAAAAAGGAGCUGAAUGGGUCAAUGGAGGUGCCCUUCAGUUCCAUAACUUUGUGAUGGUAAAUAAUUAUGAGUCUGGAAUCGAGACCAAGAGGAUCCUGGGCGCUUAUACUGGAGGAUGGGGUGAAACCAAUGGGGCGGUGAUUAAAAAUGCCAAAAUAGUCGGCCAUCUUGAUGAAUUGGGAAUGGGACCUGCAUUUUGUACAAUGAGAGGCCUGGUCCUCCCAUUUAGCGAAGGCUUGACUGUGUCUUCCGUACACUUCAUGAACUUUGACCGUCCCAACUGUGUAGCUUUGGGAGUGACAUCCAUCACUGGAGUUUGUAAUGAGAGAUGUGGAGGUUGGAGUGCAAAAUUUGUUGACAUCCAGUAUUUUCACACACCAAACAAGGCUGGCUUUCGAUGGGAACAUGAAGUGGUACUGAUUGAUGUCGAUGGCUCACUCACAGGUCACAAAGGACACACUGUCAUUCCACACAGCUCAUUGCUGGACCCUUCUCACUGCACUCAGGAAGCCGAGUGGAGCGUAGGGUUCCCUGGGUCUGUCUGUGAUGCCUCAGUCAGCUUCCAUCGUUUAGCGUUCAACAAGCCUUCUCCAGUAUCUCUGCUUGAAAAGGAUGUGGUUCUCUCAGACUCUUUUGGCACAAGCAUUGUUCCCUUUCGGAAGAAAAGACUAACUCAUAUGUCUGGAUGGAUGGCUCUGAUUCCAAAUGCAAAGCACAUUAACUGGUACUUUAAAGGUGUGGAUCACAUAACCAACAUAUCAUACACAUCAACAUUCUAUGGAUUUAAGGAAGAAGACUAUGUCAUCAUAUCUCAUAACUUCACUCAAAAUCCUGAUAUGUUUAAUGUUAUUGAUAUGAGGAAUGGCUCCUCAAAUCCCUUGAGCUGGAAUACCAGCAAGAAUGGAGACUGGCACCUUGAAGCAAACACUAGUACUCUGUAUUACUUGGUGUCGGGGAGAAAUGACCUUCCUCAAAGCCAGCCCGUGUCUGGGAACCUGGAUCCUGAUGUGAAAGAUGUUAUUAUUAAUUUCCAAGCUUACUGCUGCGUUCUCCAGGAUUGCUUUCCUGUACAUCCGCCAUCAAGAAAUCCAGUUCCCAGGAAGCGACCAGCCACAUACAACUUAUGGUCAAAUGAUUCUUUUUGGCAAUCAUCUCGGGAAAAUAAUUAUACCAUACCUCACCCAGGAGCAAAUGUGGUUAUCCCUGAAGGAACAUGGGUUGUAGCAGACACAGAUAUCCCACCACUGGAAAGGCUCAUUAUUUGGGGGGUUCUGGAACUGGAAGAUAAACAUAAUGUGGAAGCUGCAGAGUCUUCUUACAGAAAAGUCGUUUUGAAUGCUACCUACAUAUCACUGCAGGGAGGUAGAUUAAUUGGUGGCUGGGAAGAUAACCCUUUUAAAGGAGAAUUACAGAUUGUUCUCAGAGGAAAUCAUUCUACUCCAGAGUGGGCUUUCCCAGAAGGACCAAAUCAAGGAUCAAAGGUCUUAGGGGUGUUUGGUGAGCUGGACCUUCAUGGACUUCCACGUUCGAUAUAUAAAACUAAACUCUCAGAAACCGCAGAGGCAGGUUCCAAAGUCCUGUCUCUGAUGGAUGCUGUGGAUUGGCAGGAGGGAGAAGAGAUUGUGAUAACAACCACGGGUUAUGAUAUCCACCAGACAGAAACCAGAAGCAUCGCUAAAAUCCUGCAUGGUCACAAAAUUCUCAUUCUCAAUAAGCCCCUUUCCUACACUCACCUUGGUGAAAGAUACCAAGUUCCUGGAACACGUCAGAGCUACACAUUAGCAGCUGAUGUUGGGAUACUGAGCAGGAACAUCAAAAUACUUGGUGAAGACUACCCAGGUUGGUUCCAGGAAUCAUUUGGUGCACGUGUCCUGAUCAGCUCAUUCACUGAAAAUAUGAUGACUUUUAAAGGAAAUGCAAGGAUAAGUGAUGUGGAAUUUUAUCACAGUGGCCAGGAAGGCUUCAGGGACAGCACGGACCCACGAUAUGCUGUCACAUUUCUUAACCUAGGACAGAUUCAAGAACGUGGCUCAUCUUACAUUCGAGGCUGUGCUUUUCACCAUGGCUUUUCCCCAGCAAUCGGUGUGUUUGGGACAGAUGGAUUGGACAUAGAUGAUAACAUCAUUCACUUUACAGUGGGGGAAGGCAUAAGAAUAUGGGGGGAUGCCAACAGAGUCCGAGGAAACUUGGUUGCACUUUCGGUUUGGCCGGGAACCUAUCAGAACAGAAAAGAUUUAAGUUCAACUCUCUGGCAUGCAGCAAUUGAGAUAAAUAGAGGGACCAAUACAGUCUUACAAAAUAACGUCGUGGCUGGAUUUGGAAGGGCGGGAUACCGCAUUGACGGGGAGCCUUGCUCAAGAGUUUUUAGAUUUCAAGCACUGAAACAUGAAACAUCACAGAGGAAUUCAGAGUUUAAGUUCCUGGAAUGGGACAUCAACCUAUUAAGCUCAUUAAUUGUUGGAAGUAGCCCUGAAUUCAAUUGCUCUGAUCUCCUAACAAAUGAUGAUCCCAAUAUCGAACUUUCUGCUGCCCAUCGGAGUUCUAGACCUCCAUCAGGAGGGAGAAGCGGGAUUUGCUGGCCCACCUUUGCUUCAGCACAUAACAUGGCACCCCGGAAGCCUCACGCGGGGAUCAUGAGUUACAACGCCAUCAGUGGCCUUUUGGAAGUUUCAGGUUCAACAUUUGUUGGAUUCAAGAAUGUUUGUUCAGGUGAAACUAAUGUGAUAUUCAUUACUAACCCUUUAAAUGAGGAUUUACAGCAUCCAAUCCAUGUGAAGAACAUACAGCUGGUUGACACUAUUGAAAAAGCAAAAAUAUUUAUACAUAGGCCUGAUAUAAGGAAGGUGAAUCCAUCUGAUUGUGUAGACAUGGUUUGUGAUGCCAAAAGAAAAUCUUUUCUCAGAGAUUUGGAUGGCUCCUUUCUGGGGAAUUCUGGUUCAGUGAUACCUCAAUCAGAAUAUGAAUGGAAUGGAAAUAGCCAAUUUGGAAUCGGAGACUACAGAAUUCCAAAGGUUAUGCUCACAUUCCCAAAUGGAAGUAGAAUUCCUAUCACUGAGAAAGCACCUUAUAAAGGAAUUAUUAGAGAUUCAACCUGUAGAUACAUUCCAGAAUGGCAGAGCUAUCGGUGCUUUGGGAUGGAAUAUGCAAUGAUGGUCAUUGAAAGCCUGGAUUCUGACACCGAAACUCGAAGACUCUCACCUGUGGCUAUAGUGAGCAGUGGUUAUGUAGAUCUCAUUAAUGGCCCACAGGAUCAUGGUUGGUGUGCCGGAUACUCCUGCCAGAGAAGACUGUCCCUGUUUCACAGCAUUGUGGCUCUGAACAAAUCUUAUGAAGUUUACUUCACUGGCACUAGUCCUCAGAAUCUUCGACUGAUGUUGCUUAACGUGAAGCACGACAAGGCUGUUCUGGUAGGAAUUUUUUUUUCCACACCGCAGCGUUUGGAUGUCUAUGUGAACAAUGCAUUGGUCUGCCCCAAAGAUACAGUAUGGAACCCCCAACAGAAACACUGUGAAUUUAAUAGACAUCUACACACAGAGCAAUUCCUUCCUAACCUGAAUUCCAGUGUCCUUGGUGAAAACUACUUUGAUAGAACCUACCAGAUGCUUUACCUUUUGGUUAAAGGAACCAUGCCUGUUGAAAUCCACACCACCGCAGUCAUUUUUGUUUCUUUCCAAAUACCUGCUGUAACAGAAGAGGACUUUUAUAGCUCUCAUAAUCUAGUUAGGAAUCUUGCCUUGUUCCUAAAGAUACCAAGUGACAAAAUCCGUAUCAGCAAAGUAAUAGGAGGGGACAGUGUGCGCAAGAAGAGAUCCAUGGGACUCACGGUUCAACUGGAGAUUGGAGAUCCGCCCCCUCAGUUCAUAACCAAUGACACCGCAGGUCAGAUGCAAUUAUCUGAACUCCAAGAAGUUGCUGCUUCUCUUGGACAAGCUGUAAUUUUAGGAAAAACCAGUAGUACCCUUGGAUUUAAUGUCUCUUCCAUGUCACUUAUCAAUCCCAUUCCUAGCUCAAGUGAUUCUGAAUGGAUUAAGGUGACUGCCCAACCAGUUGAAAGGUUUGCAUUUCUUGUUCAUCAUGUGGCCGUUGUGUCCUCGCUCUCAGUGAUCAGUCAACCAGUGGCAGCGCAGCUGGGACAGCCUCUUUCUCAGCAGCCUUCAGUAAAGGCAGUAGAUCCAGACGGUAAUUGUGUAUCAGUUGGGAUUACUUCAUUGACUUUGAAGGCCAUACUAAAGGACUCCAACAAUAACCAAAUCAGUGGUCUUGGUGGAAAUACAACAAUUCCAUUUAGCAGCUGUUGGGCCAACUACACGGACCUUACUCUUCUUAGAACAGGGAAAAAUUAUAAGAUUGAAUUUAUUCUGGACAAUGCUGCUCGGGUGGAAUCCAGGGCUUUCAGCCUCCCAGCGCAGUCUGUCUCUAGCGGCGGCAGCAGUGGCGGGGGAGGCGGUGGCAUCAGCAGUGGCAGCAGCAGCGGCAGCAGUAGCAGCAGCAGCGGAGCAUCCACUGUGGGCACCGCUGCCCAGACAAUGACUACAGCGAUUAGCUGUCUGAUGGGAAGAGUGUUGCUCUUGGAAAUAUUUAUGGCUGCAGUUUUGACUUUGAACAUAAAUCUAGGUAAGCGCAGUUCGUUUUUUAUGUCAUGAAUGUCUCCACAUACUGAGCUACCAGGAAAUGGUUACUUAAUAAAGACAGCGCACCACACUUGUGCAUGGUAUCACUGUGGACUCGAAGACAUGGUCUCAGCCAGUGAGAAAGUAAUAACCUCCAGGAAAUGUUACUCACUUUACCUGGUGGCACAGAGGAAUGUGAGGAAUGAGAAGUGCAGGUAAUGUCAGGACUCUUUUUCAGUUACGAGGGGCAGGAGCUUAGUUCGAAUUGGCUUGGGCAGUAACGUGAACUCACUUAACUGAGAAGUCCAGAAGUAGUCUAAUUUCUGCCUCCAUUAGACCCAAGGACUCAAAUGAUGUCUUCCAGAAGCUGUGUCCCUCCCAUCUCUUGGCUUCAUUCACUUUGGUAGUAGAUCCACUCCCAGGUAGGCUCUCCACCAACACCAUCAUCCCUCCUGGCAAAGUAGCACGAGCAUCUUCAUGUUUACAUUCUACCGGCCCAGCAGCUAAUGCAGAAGGAAUAAAACUCUUUCCCUAGCUUCUUCCUAUCCUACCUCAAUUAGUAAAUGAUAUUGUUCCUGGCAUUUUUUUAGAAUUUUUUUCCAGAUAAAAAUGUUAAUCAACAGCUUCUUCUUUGCUACUAAAUAAUCUUUCAUUCUUCAAUUAAGUCAUAAGAUGAUUUAAAACCCCUUGGUCUUGGUCCAUUCAAGGCGCUAUAACAAAAUACCACAGACUGGGUGGCUUAUAAACAGCAGAAAUUUAUCUCUCACAAUUUUGAAGGCUGGAAGUCUGUUCUGGCUGUAUCCUUACAUGGCAGAAGGGGUGAGGGAGUUCCAUGGUGUCUCUUUUAUUAGGGCACUAAACUCAUUCAUCAUGAGGGCUCCACCCUCAUGACUUAAGCACCUCCCAAAGACUCCACCUCCAAAUACCAUCACAUCAGGUUUUCACAAAUGAAUUUGAGGGGGAUACAUUCAGACGUUAGCAACCAUUAAUGAAAUGAAAUGCUGGUUUU